UUCGGCUGUAAUUAGCACGAACCAUCAUUAGAAUUCUGAUUACAUACACGGUCGUUUCCUACACACGGCCGGAAAUUAAUCAUUGCAAAACAAGCUAGUAUAGCAUGAGAACCCUUUACCACUGUGACACAGUUUCAGUUUAAAAUUGCCACUACAUCUUGUUCUGUCCCGAAAUGUAUCAUCCGUUCUGGCGAAAUCCGUACGUCCUAUGGACUAAGAGCACCCUCCUGGUGGUGCAAGAUACUUUCGAACAAGAACAUAUUGUUAGUGAACAGCAUGAAUCGAUAGAAGACGAUUAUUUUCAUGCUGCUAUUGCACCUGUGCUCAAAAUAUCUCAACUAUUCGGAGUUUUCCCCCUUUCCAACGUAAUGGAGCGUCUUCCGGAGAAACUCUGCUUCAAAGCGACCUCUCUGACAUGUUUUAUCAGCUCGAUUGUCAUUUUCGGCGGAUACUUCGUGUCGGUGCUGAGCGUCAAAAGGUUUGCGGCAAAAGGAAUCAAUAUUAUCAACAUCGCGGAGCCGUUUUUCUUCGCCAUAAAUGCCACAAGUACUGCACUUUUCUGGCAGUUGGCUAAACAAUGGAGUGCUUUGCUGAUCGAAUGGCAAAGCAUAGAGAAAACAUUUCUGCGAAAUCCUUUCCGCAGAUUACCGCUGAAACGAAAGAUACGGACUAUAGCGCUUGUGGUAUUGCUGCUGGCACUCGUUGAGCACCUGUUGUCGAUCGGUAACAACGUCAGCAAUAUUCGCAGAGAGGCAAAAAUUUGUAACUGGACAAUCACCGAACCCUUUAAAUACUUUUGUCUUAAAACUUAUACUUCCGCGUUUUCGACUAUUUCCUACAACUUGCCAGUAGCGAUUUAUAAUGAGUACAUCGUUCUAUCGAUGACGUUCGCGUGGAACUUCGUAGACCUGUUCGUCGUCCUAGUAAGUAUCGGACUUUCGAUCAGGUUCAACCAACUAAACCGCUACAUCGCAGAUAGGAUCGACCAGCCGAAGCCUACAUCCGAGGAUUACUGGGAACGGAUCCGUAUCCAUUACGUGUCCCUGUGCGAACUUGUCGAGAUGCUGAACCGCUCCGUCAGCCGGUUGGUCUUUGUAUCGUAUGCCAACGAUUUGUACUUCAUUUGCUUGCAGAUUAUGAACGCCUCUCAGGAGCAGCCCUUUCUCAUUAAUAAAAUCUACUUUACCUACUCGUUUAUAUUUUUGCUGCUGCGGGCUUUCCUGAUGUUUUGGUAUAGUGCACAGGUUCAGGAUGCCAGCCAUCAGCCGUGCAAACUCGCUCUGCGAGUGCCCAACGAGGAGUACUGUAACGAGUUGGAGCGGGUACAAAUGUAUUCCAAACGGGGUGUUAGUCUCACCGGGAUGGGAGUGUUUCUGGUGUCAAGGAAAAUUCUACUUACGAUUACCGGAACGAUAAUAACCUACGAGCUGGUUCUGCUAGCCUACAGGAGACGCUCGGAUGAGGAGCAGUCGGCAGGCAGCACCGACCGGGAAUGUGAACCACUGCAACUAACUACCCUACAUAUACUCCAGACUCACAUAAAGGCAACUGACAAACAACUAUCGUUUUAUUGUAAGCCGAAAGAAAUCCCCGAAGCAACAAUGAAACCUCUAAACUCCUUCAAUGAAGCAAUGCGGCCCGUGAUCCUGACCUUUCAGCUGAUGGGAACGUUUCCGAUGAGUGGAUUAUUUCAACGGGAUAGUCUCGCGAUUCGGUUUAAGUGGUUUUCGAUUCAAACUGUUGUCUCUCUAGUGUUUGUAAUGGUCGGACUGCUCAUGUGUUACAUCGAAUACGAACGUUUGGAAAAAGUUGGUGUUAAUGCAAGAAACAUUAUCGGAAUUCUUUUCUACAUCGAUACGGUAAUCAUCAUGGCGCUGAUGGUAAACCUCGCCAGAAGAUGGAGAUCGCUCGCGACCAAAUGGAGAUACGUCGACAGUAUUGUUCCUAUCACAGGAAAAUCCAAUACCUAUUUGCGGGUUAAAAUCAAAUGGACCGCUUGGAUGGUGAUCUUGUGUGCUUUAGUUGAGCAUAUGUUGUCUAAAACAGCCGAUGUGUACAAUCAAUACCGAGAAGCUCAGUUCUGUCAUUGGGACGUACGUGAUUUUCCUCGAUACUUCGCAUCCAGACAUUAUUCAUUCGUUUUUAAACACGUUAAUUAUAACAUAUUAAUUCUCAUGUGUUUCGAGUAUGCCAACGCGGCUCUCACGAUGGCCUGGACCUGCCAAGACCUGAUGAUUAUCCUAGUCUCGCUGGGCUUGAUAACAUACUUCAAACAUAUCCACGAAAAGAUUCGUCAGUUCGCUAAUGGCAUAAUGAUUGCGAACGAGCAAUUCUGGAUCGAAAUUCGCUCGCAGUAUGUGCAGUUGUGUGAUCUUGUUGAUACGGCAAACAAUUUACUAGCCUCGCUCAUCAUCAGCUCCUGUGGAACGAAUUUGUACCUGAUCUGCUUCCAGCUGCUCAACAUCAGCCGUAAAGAGGAAAGCUUAGCAUCGGCCAUCAAUCACUGGUAUUCUCUGAUUUACCUCAUCUCGAAAACGGCCCUAGUUUUCUAUACGGCUUCAAUGGUCAAUGAAGCUGCUCUGGCACCACGAUCAGUUUGCAUUAUGGUCCCAAAUAUCGGUUGGUGCCUAGAGCUGGAUCGAUUUGCCUGUCAACUUCGUACCGCACGGGUGGCACUUUCGGGAAUGGGAUUUUUUCAUUUAACCAAACGAACCAUGAUGGCGAUGGCAGGAACGGUAGCGACUUACGAAUUAGUCAUGCUUAAGUUCGCUGAGAAUACCGAAGGAAUUGGAGAUGUUGCUCCGUGUUCAGCCCUAGCUUUUUCGAAGGAUGUUUAG